CCAUCCAUGUAUGCUUAAGUUGAAUUGGUUUCCGUCUGCCACUUGACACAACCGUCCCGUUCCCCCCACACCGCACCAUCCACGCUGUAGAUGAAGGCCCCUCUCUCUCUUAAACCACACGCACACCACACCACACCACACCACACUACACCAUACCACACCACGCCACGCCAUCAAGACGCCACUCUCCCUCCCUCCCUCCCUCCCUCCACACACCAACUACAGCCCCUCCCUCUCUCCGUCCCUCUACCAGCUAUGCUGUGCCAAUCGGUGUGUCCGUCUGUGUGGUGCACUGACUACCUACAUGACGGCCAGCUGGAAGCUGCCGCCCUCGGUGUGUGGCUUGAGGAUCGGCCAGGGGCCCGUGGGGGGCAGCAUCUUCAUCAUCUCCGUGUGCACCACAGACACAAAUGCGUCCAGCUCGUCCUUGUCGCUCUUCAGCUGCUUCCGGUAGGCAGCGAUGGCGGCCAUGGGCACGUCCAGGCACUUGCAUGCCGCAUCCAGCAGUUUCUUCAAAUCGUACGGCUUGAUGCUCAUCUCCUUGUCGGCCUGGUCCUUCUUGGCCGCUUCCAGCUGCUGGUGCUGGUCGACCAGCUUGGGCAGCAGCAGCUGCGCCACCUUCCUGCCCACACGGUCCACCAUCUCGUCCUUCCGCUGCAUCACGGCCUCCUUGGUCGGCUGGAUGGCCUCCUCUGUGACGUCCUCUAUGCCGAAAAGCCGCAGCUCACGGACCACCUUGCGGACGUCCACCGAGCCGUCGGUGAGAAUGGGCGUGCCGUGGCGAUGGUACUCGAGCACCAGGGGGAAGAGGUGCGGGUCGGCGUCGAUGAAGACGGGCCGGUCCGCGCGAAUGAGCUGGUACUCCGCUGUGCCCUCGUUGGUCACGAACUGGCCCAGCCUCGUGUGAGGACGGCGGGCGAGCGUCGCGUUGGCCACCUGGAAUUCGGUGCCGGCGACGUUCAGCCGGACGAUUGACCCAACCUCUGUAUAUCAACCACACAAAAGGCGAUAUCAUGUAUGAUUUGUCCACACAACCUCACUCCACGCGUGGAUCUAUGCUGACCUCCCUUGAUCUUGCCCAUUUGGUCGUCUUUUUGGCUCUCGAAUGAAGAUCCUGCACACAUACCACGAGCAUGGCCCUCAUCUGCCCGUUUCAUGGUCUUAUCUGCCCUCCCGCCCCUCUGCUACGCACCAGCCAUCGGAUUGACGCAUUUGUCGCCAUCGCUAUCACAUUUUGCCUGUGACGUGUCGGCGAGGACCGUCGGGACGAGCACCAACAGGACGGGAAGCGAAACCAACAUCAUCUCCUCAGGUUUCAC